CUUUACUCGCCAAAGACGGCCAAGGUCCACUGGCGCAGUUAGAUAUUCCGGUCGGAUGGUAUUGUCAUGAUUUCUUUGGGCUGUCAUCAUGGACAAGAUUUUGGAGGCCCUCGUCAGCUCCAAUCACUCUGUUCCAGUGAAGAAGGCCAUUGUGAAGAGGGUCGUUGAAGCGGCUGAGAGAGAAGUGACAGAGGAGCAAUGCCAGGCGUUAUAUACUGUCACCACCCGUCUCAUCUUAUUGGGUGAAGAUGUUUUUCAGAAACAGGUGGGCUUCCAAGUUAUGGAAGCCUAUGCUCGCUACCAUCGCGCCGAGUUUGAGCAGUUCUUCACUAAAGACUUUGUUCUUGCUCUGCUGCAGCAAGGUUACUGUCAGCUUGACCGUAAAGACCCAGCCAUAAUGGACUACAUUCACUGCUGUUUGCGACUGCUCAUCAGCUGCCCCUCGGUGCUAGAUAUCUUCACUGUCAUCCAGGUGGAGGUUUUAAGGAUAGUGUGCGAGCGUCCUGAGCCUUUCCUUUGUGCCCGACUAAGUGCCCUGCUGGCAGACUUUGUGCAGUGCAUCCCCAGGGACAAGUCAGCUGUUCUAUUCUGCCAGCAACUUGUAAGGACCAUUAGCUACUUCCACUGCCCUGCUGGCCAGGAGCGGGAGCUGAGGGAGUAUGUGGGUCAAGUGACUAAGGUCAGCACACUACUGCAGAACAUCUGGAAGGCUGAACCAGCCACAUUGCUACCCUCACUGCAAGAGGUCUUUGCAAUAAUUUCUUCCACUGAUUCUGGCUUUGACCCAUCCAUUGCCCUGGCCAGCCUGGUUCAGCACAUACCCCUCCAGAUGAUCACAGUGCUUAUCAAGAGCCUCACCACAGACCAGAAUGUCAAAGAUGCUAGCAUGACAAAGGCACUCUGCAGAAUGAUAGACUGGCUUUCCUGGCCUCUGGCCCAACAUGUUGACACCUGGGUCAUUGCUCUGCUGAAAGGACUGGCUUCAGUACAGAAAUUCACCAUCCUCAUAGACGUCACUCUGCUCAAGAUUGAGUUGGUGUUCAAUCGUCUGUGGUAUCCAAUUGUGCGGCAAGGGGCACUAGUUGUACUGUCCCACAUGCUACUAAGUUUCCAGCACUCUCCUGAGGCUUUCCAUUUGGUUGUCCCACGUGUGGUUCCUCUUGUUCAAUCGCUGAGGACUGAUGGCCUCCCGAGCAGCAAGGCUUUUUUGCUGCAGUUCACUGACCUCAUACAUUGCAUGAUAUAUCAGUACUCGGGCUUCCCUGAACUCUAUGACCACAUACUAGAAGCCAUCAAGGAUCUGACAAAACCUGGAGAGGAAAAGAUCAAGCUGGUUUUGAAUCAGAGUGCUUGGACAUCUCAGUCUAGCUCAUGUGCUUCAGGUUUGCUGAGGCAUGUUGGGAAGUCUGAGACUGGCAAGACUGGCCUGAUCAACCUGGGAAAUACCUGCUACAUGAACAGCAUCAUCCAGACCCUCUUCAUGGCCACUGAUUUCAGGAGGCAUGUUUUAUCGCUGCAUCUAAACGGUGCUAACGUGCUGAUGAAAAAGCUUCAGCUACUUUUUGCCUUUCUUGGCCACACUCAGAGGGCAGCAUAUGCUCCCCGGAACUUCUUUGAGUCGUCUCGGCCUCCCUGGUUCAAUGCAGGCUCCCAGCAAGACUGCUCCGAGUAUCUCCGCUUUCUCCUAGACAGGUUGCAUGAAGAGGAAAAAACCCUUCAACUCCUGGAGUCAGCCAAGCCAAAGGCUGUCUCCUCAGGCGUCACUGCCAGCAAAGACUUGGUGGAUCAGCCAUGUACCCAGGGAGGUGAAGAGAGGACUCUGAUAGAAAGGAUGUUUGGUGGGAGACUGAGUACAGGCAUUCGCUGCAUGCAGUGCAACAGUAUUUCUGAGAAAGAGGAGCCAUUUACAGACCUAUCUUUAGCUUUCUGCCCCUCCACCACUUCCAAGGGGGGUCCUCAAACGGAGGCAUCCUUGGAGGAGCCCAAAGGACCUAGCCAGGGAUCAGUCAAUGGCGGCAGUGAAGCUCCCGAGCAAGGCUCAGUAAAGCCCCCUGUGAGCAGUGUCCAUUUUUUGUCUGUGACAAAUGAACCUCCUCUCUCAGUGCCUGACCUGGUGAACUAUUUUCUGGCUCCAGAGAUCCUCGAUGAAGAGAAUGCCUACUUCUGUGAAAAGUGCAGUUCACUCCAGCAAGCAGUUCGGACCAUAAAGGUGGUAACAGCACCAGAGUACCUUAUCCUCACCUUGCUGCGAUUUUCUUAUGAUGCCAAAUGCCAUGUUCGAAGGAAGAUUCUGGACAAUGUCACCAUCCCACCACUCAUGAGACUACCUAUGCAUGCCUCUUCAUCAACCAGAGAUCCCUCAUCCCUACUGAAAGUGGACUCCCCAGAGAGCAUUGAGAACCAGGCUAAGAAGCUCAAACCUUCACAGAAGGAUGAGGAGGAAGAGGUCCAAUCAGUGCCCUAUGUCCUUAGCUCAGUGGUGAUGCAUUCUGGGGUAUCAUCGGAGAGUGGCCACUACUACUCUUAUGGUCGUGACUUUAAUGGGGCAGAUGGAAGGCAACAUCCAGCCAAUCACUUUGUUCAGGAGGAAGAUUUGGGCAACGGUCAGAUAGAGCUUAGCCCUGCCACUUGCUCUGCUUUUACUAUUCCCCCAAAAGAAACAGAGGCACUUAUUUGUCGGGGCCAGGAGGCAAAGGAUUGGCUACUGUUUAAUGAUAGUCGGGUGACAUUCACAUCUUUCCAGUCAGUGCAAAAUGUUACCAGCCGCUUUCCCAAGGACACAGCGUAUGUGCUCAUCUACAGGAAACAGGAUCUGACAGAAUGCAACAUUAAUGAGGGAGUGGCGUCUAAUGGAAUGAGAUUGAGUACCGAGCCUCCCCUCCAAAAAGAACUGUUGGACGCCAUUACCAAGGACAACAAACUGUACUUACAGGAGCAGGAGCUGAACGCUCGGACCCAGGCUCUACAGGCUUCAUCGUCCUCUUGCUCAUUCAGGCCCAAUGGUUCAGAUGAUAAUGACCCUCCAGGUAGCUGUGGUCCCUCUGGCGGAGGGGGAGGGGGAGGAGGCUUAAACACCAUCAGCAGACUGGUCUUCUGAAAAAAGGCUGUAAGAGAUGCAUUGAACUGGCACUAAAGAAAGCUCUGGGUCACUCUUGGAUGUACACGUGACUCAAUAAAAACAGCACUGGAGAUGUCUAAGGACACACAACCACAAAUAUACUCACACGGAUACAGACACCUGUUGGAUUUAGUACUAGCCUAGAUUUUGCUUUGAGAUUUUGAAUAAACAUUGAAUUUUAUUUGAAUUAUUUAAUUAUUUAGUCUAGUUUUGAUCAAGUGGUAGUUGUGUAAAAUAGGAUUGUUGAGAAUUCAGGAUAGGAUAUGAUUGUGGAGAAUCCAAUUCAACACUUGGAGACACACUCACAUUGGCCGCAUUUUAGAUUUGAUAUUGCACCCAAAUAUAACAUUAGAGAAUCUAGCUUGUCAUUGGUCUAUGACCAUAACUCAUAAGUCACAACGCUCUAAUGCUGCGUUCCAUUCAUAGUUUGAGGUCGGAAUUUCCAAGUUGGACUUGUCAAUUUCCGACCUCCAAGCGUUCCAGGUGCACGACGCCAAACGUAAACAAAAA